CACAAGGGACGACACAGGAUCAGUUGAAUGUCAUUGCCCGGCUGAGCCAAGAGCCUGUGCCGGGCGCUGUGCUGGGUCUUUUGUACAUCGCUAUUGACGCUUGCCCGGAGAGGUACCCCUGAAGUUGGAAUGGGAAAAGGAAAAUCACUAGGUUUUGAAACUUUCGUCCUAUCCGCGCACUUAGUCAUAGGGAGAAGGUCAUCGGUCCAUUACUGAAGCUAGCUAUGGAUCGAACGUCCUUCCAUACCGUACUGGUGCUCCACAUUCUCUCUCAAAGACCAAAACUCAUUCACACGUUCCAUGUCUCUGCCAUCGACAUGAUACUAAAAUCUGGGAAUUCGGUGCUUAGUAGUCUGAGCACGAACACCCCAAUAAAGCUGACGAAGAUGGACCGCACGAUCAGCAGCAUUGUUGCGCAGUUGCUGCAAAUUUCCCGUACCCCUCUGUUGGACAGUAUCAUGGAGCUCCUCCGGGCCUAUUUUGAGAUGACUCGAACAGUAGAUGUGCUCACUGCAGAUCCUUGGCGACGCUAUGUUUUGUCCUAUCUUUUCACCUUGGCGGUGACGUGCCCGGUUGUUCUACAAGCUUUCUUCAGCGACGUCCUGCAAAGAGUUCGUCAAGAAAACAUUGCAGACAUAUGUAUUUUCGAGGCGUUCAGUGGGCUCAGCGAAUACUCCAGGCAGCAAGGGGAAAAGGACCCAACAGCGAACGUCGCAGCCUCGUGGCUCACAUACCUUGUGCAAACCGUAGAAUCCCUCGGGCCAGAAGACCUGGUGGACCUUUUCCUUCUUGCGGAAUUGGUCUACAGCGGUCGAGUCUCCCAGAUGCAGGCCAAGUUCCAGAAAAGUCGGCUACCAGAUGCGAUAGGAGCCGUGCAGAAGCAGGCCAACGACCUGAUGUGGAUCGUCGUCAAUAAAAUACAGAUAACCGUGCUGACAAAGCCAUUAUCGACAUCGACACCAACAGACCCAUCCUCAGCGAUGGAUGCGAGGGCUGUCGCUCUGGCCAAGGUGCUCCGCGAUUAUGCGUCUCAUAAGACCCUUGAUAAAAGCGACGCGGUGUUUACGCUACUCUGCUCGUGCCUUGCUCGCGCAUCGGACCCAGCAACCGUGUUCAGCACCCUCCUUCUCAAUCCUGCGACCCUCACACCAGACGGACAGGCCGGACUUGUGGAGCUGGUCAAGGAUCUCAACAGCACCUUGCAGGGCAAAAUGCCACGUCUGCUUGGGACGACCUUGCUGAAUCUUCUGGAUGCAGUACAGGUUGAAUCGGAGGCUACUCGGAACGGUUUCUUUAAAAGCUUACCGGCGCUCCUUCCUUGUGUCGGAAAGUCGGAGAGGAAGGCGAUCGUGAACGAGCUUUUCGAUUCACUACAAGCGUCGCAACAUUCGGGCUCGUCUGCCGCAUCUCCGGGCGACCUGUCCUUGCUAUCGUGCUGUGGCGAUAUCAUCUUGGACGACAUGACAUCGAAUAAACCCAACACGCUUGCGGCUCUUUCAUUUCUGGAAAGUUCGUUAACUUGGGCGGAUUGGCCGGGCAGCGGGGAACACGCCUCUUUUGACAACCAAGCGAUCCAGGCCAUUUUUGCGAUGCUCCCGUCGGCUAUUGUCGUUCCCGUUAGCCGACUGCUUGAUUCUGGCACUGCCGGCACGGUUCAAAAGAAGGUCGGUGAGAGUGCCGACAAUGAAUUGACGAAUACGCCUGCAUUCAGGAAGCCAUCUGUGGUGUCCCUCCUGGACCAGAUCAAUGAGAGUGGUAAAAUCUCAACAAACGCGCGCCGAGGGGAACUACGACCUGCAGCCGCACCACAGAAAUCUGAACCACUACAAGCGAUACCCAUCAUCAUCCCAACCCAGAAACUCCAAACAGCGCGUCAACCAUGGUUAAAUCACCUGCCCGACUGGAUGGAAAUUGCGUUCAAUGCCGAGAACGGGAUACUGGAAAAGAGAAACGUGGCCCGCAUGCUUAUGCGACGUUUCGUGCGCGUUCCACCCGCUCGCGUCGUGGAUAUUUUCAUCGAGAAACCCACCCUAUGGGAUAUUUUGGAGAACCUGGUCUCGGACUAUACAUCCUUGAUUCUGGUUGUGGAUAUCAUCCGUGCUAUCCAUUCGGCGGCACUGGGGUUCUGGAGACAAACGAAAACACGAGCCUCUACAAGACCUGCGGGCGAAGCGUUCCGGAAAGAGGUCGAUAUUGCUAUCAGAGUCACCCGUGCGCUCGCAAAAGCUCGCAUUCUCCCACCUCCCCUCUCCGACAGCUCCCUCAUCCUCCACCUGAUCCCCGCCACCGACGUCGCAACCCUCCUAGGGCUCUUCUGGGACUUUGUUGAGCUGAACGUCGAGCGAAUCACAAAGCAGGGCCCUGUGGCAGUCGCUGAACCAGGGCAGUCACAGCAGCAACAGCAACAACCGCUGGGCAAGGAUGAGUUGGCCAAGUGGGAGCAGUCUGUGGCGACGCUGAAUGCGGUUCUGAAGAAGAACGUUAAGACGACAGCCAAGUUCUUUGCGGUGUUUUAUGCGCCGUGAUGGAUGGCAGCGAGAGUGAGUCUUAAAAGGAGUGAGGAGUGGCAAACGCCGAAUGGGGUAGACGUCACGGACAUUCCCUGGUGGACUCCUCCGCUUUGGAGUAUACCUCCCAAACCUGCGACGCUGAGCAGCAAGGCGCUGGGUGGCAUCGUGCUGUUGCAGAAUGAUCCUCCAUCGUAUCGCCGGGGUCCUACUACUGCCCAUAGUCAAUCCCCGUUGGCCGGUAAGCCAACACAUUCACGACGCCCUCUG